CAUCAUCUACUAAAGUUGUAGUUGGUGCACCAACCAUAACCAAAAUGUUUGCCACUACUUUUCCUAGAACUUUUUGUUUCUAUGCGUCUCCAUUUAUUCAAAACCCAACAUUUUUUACCUCUACAAAAUCUUUAUACACUUUUAACAAGUUCAAAUUCAACUACAAAAAGGGAUUGAAUCAUCUUCAAGAUUCCAUUUUUUGUCAUUUCAAUUCUAGUCAAGGUAUGCUCGGGAAAGUUUUAGUUGUCUUGUUGAUUGCAGGUCUGGCAUGGGCAUUCCCAGCCCUCCAACCUCCACCUCCCAGAAUCUGUGGUUCUCCGAAUGGUCCAACAGUUACCGGACCUAGAAUCAAACUUAGGGAUGGAAGAUAUCUGGCUUAUAAGGAGCAUGGUGUACCCAAAGAAAUGGCCAAAUAUAAGGUCGUAUAUGCACAUAGCUUUAGUGCUACCAAAUAUGAUUCAGCUGUUGCACCCUUGGAAACACUUGAAGAAUUAGGGGCGUAUGUUGUCUCUUUUGAUAGACCUGGUUAUGGGGAAAGCGAUCCACAUCCAAAACGAACCAUACAAACUACAGCUUUGGAUAUGGAAGAGCUUGCUGAUCAACUCGGACUUGGCCCAAAAUUUUAUGUUAUGGGGUAUUCCAUGGGUGGUCAUUCCGUUUGGGGUUGCCUCAAGUACAUCCCUAAUUGGUUAGCUGGAGCAGCUCUAGUUGCUCCUGUUGUCAAUUACUGGUGGCCUAGUUUUCCUGCUAAUUUAUCCACAGAAGGAUACAAUCUACAGCUACCACAGGACCAAUGGGCACUUCGAGUUGCACAUUAUGCGCCUUGGCUAGUCUACUGGUGGAACACUCAGAAGUGGUUCCCCUGCAAUAGUGUUAUAUCUGGAAAACCGAAAAUGUCUCCCCAAGAUUUAGAAGUCGUUUCGAGAUCUGCUAAGCAUCUAAGCAAAAGGCCAAAGCUUAAGGAAUAUGCUGUACAACAAGGAGUAUUCGAGUCUCUCCAUCGUGACAUGAUGGUGGGGUUCGGAAAGUGGGAUUUUGAUCCUAUGGAUCUUAAGAACCCUUUCCCUAGUGGCGAGGGCUCGGUCCACUUGUGGCAUGGUGACGAAGACUGGAUUGUACCUGUUACAUUACAACGUUACGUUGCAGAAAGGCUUUCGUGGAUACAGUACCAUGAAGGUCCAACAGUUACCGGAUCUAGAAUCAAACUUAGGGACGGAAGACAUUUGGCUUACAAGGAGCAUGGUGUACCCAAAGAAACGGCCAAAUAUAAGGUCAUAUAUGCACAUAGCUUUGGUUCUACCAGAUAUGAGUCAGCUAUUGCAUCCUUGGUGUGUCAUCGACUCUUUGUCAAACUUGGGGCGUAUGUUGUCUCUUUUGAUAGACCUGGUUAUGGGGAAAGCGAUCCUCAUCCAAAACGAACCAUACAAACUACAGCUUUGGAUAUGGAAGAGCUUGCUGAUCAACUCGGACUUGGCCCAAAAUUUUAUGUUAUGGGGUUCUCCAUGGGUGGUCAUUCCGUUUGGGGUUGCCUCAAGUACAUCCCUAAUCGGUUGGCUGGAGCAGCUCUAGUUGCUCCCGUUGUCAAUUACUGGUGGCCUAGCUUUCCUGCUAAUUUAUCCACAGAAGGAUACAAUCUACAGCUACCACAGGAUCAAUGGGCACUUCGAGUUGCACAUUAUGCGCCUUGGCUAGUCUACUGGUGGAACACUCAGAAGUGGUUCCCAUACAAUAGUGUUUUAUCUGGAAAACUCAAAAUGUCUCCUCCAGAUUUAGAAGUUGUUUCCAGAUCUGCUAACCAUGCAAACGAAACGCAAAAACUAAAGGAAUAUGCUGUAAAGCAAGGAGUAUUCGAGUCCCUUCACCGUGACAUGAUGGUAGGUUUUGGGAAAUGGGAUUUUGAUCCUAUGGAUCUUAACAACCUUUUCCCAAAUGGUUCAGUCCACUUAUGGCAUGGUGAUGAAGACUGGGUUGUACCUGUUAUAUUACAGCGUUACGUCAUAGAAAAACUUCCAUGGAUAAACUACCAUGAAAUACCAAAUGUUGGACAUCUAGUUAUGCAUGAUCCAGCCAUGAAGGAGGCUAUCUGGAAGACAUUUUUGACAGUAGAGAAAGAACAAAUAGUGUAUUCUUAAACAGGAAAACUGAAAUUUACCUGUAAGCAAAAUCUUUCUAAAAUGUUCUGUUUUGAUUCCCAACUACACAUUUUAAUCUUAUUGUAAGAAUUAUGUCCAUCUUGAAUUAUCCACACUAGUUGAAUUUAAAUGA